GUUGUGCAGCGCAUCAAAGCCGUGGAGACAGAGACCCGCUUGCUCGUGGUAGACAAGGAGACGGACGAGUACUUGUGCAGCCUGCGCCUGACAUGCACGGAGGAGAUGGUGCACAGCGGGAUCCUGCUCAACUCCAGUGUCUCACCCACCAAGUCGGUGAGCAGUGACAACGGGGACAUCUGGAAGCCACAGCUGGAUCUGAGCGGGGGCAGCCUCCAGCGGCACUCACACAGCUUCUCCUCGCACGGCAGCAGGAAGGAUUUAAACGGACAGAAGGAGCUGUGCCCACGUCUCUGCCACCUGAAGAAAGGCCCCAAUGGCUACGGCUUCAACCUGCACAGCGAGAAGUCCCGGCCGGGGCAGUUUAUUCGCUCGGUGGACCCCGACUCGCCGGCCUCCAGAGCGGGGCUGCGGCCCCAGGACCGGCUGGUGGAGGUGAAUGGCAUAAACGUGGAAGGCCUGCGGCACUCGGAGGUGGUGUCUCACAUUAAGUCCAGGGAGAACGAAGCCAGGCUUCUGGUGGUGGACCCCGAAACAGAUGAUUACUUCAAGAAGCUGGGGGUGACCCCCACAGAGGAGCACACCAAAGGUGUGGUACCUCAGCCCAUGACAAACGGAUCCGCACAGACGCAGCUGAAUGGAGGAUCCACAUCUUCAUCUCACAGUGACCUUCAAAGUCCUGGGAAGGAAUCGGAGGAUGGAGACGCAGAGAAGAAAGACCCAUUUGAGGAGAGCGGGCUGACCCUGAGCCCAACGGCUGCUGAGGCCACCAAGGAGAAGGUGCGGGCCAAGCGGGUGAAGAAAAGAGCUCCGCAGAUGGACUGGAACAAGAAGCGAGAGAUUUUCAGCAAUUUCUGA